AUGGGCCAAAUCUUUGAGCUCGCUGAGAUGGGUCUUGGUGAUUUGUAUAUUUCACUUACCGGGUAUGAGAUCUUUACAGUUCUCGGAUUGUGCUUUACAACUACCCAUAUCACAUUACCCGAGCCAUGCACUGAGGAGGAGGAACAGCUUAGCAGAAAAAUGAUGAGCUACUGGAGCAACUUUGCUCGCACAGGGUCUCCUAAUGGGGAUGGGCUGGCCCACUGGCCAAAGUACGGCACAGGAGAAGAAUACUUGUCAAUUGAUUUAAAGGAGCAGGUAGCUGGCCAGCACCUAAGGGAGAAGCGGUUUGUCUUCCUGACUCAGACUCUCCCAGAAAAGAUCCGACAACACAAAGAGAAGAUGGAGCGCAACAAGCUGUAGAACAGUCUCCGCCACCUCCCAAUUUGUGAAAUGUUUGUGUUGCAAUGGCAUAAAAAGACAUGGCAUAGAAUAAAAAUUAAAAGACAAGACUGAUAAGACUCAUCUGGGAUUUGAAACUACACAUUCCUGAGUUGAACCCUCAUCAUGUACCAGUAUGUUUCAUGUGAACAACCAGGAGCCACUAUGUGAUUCAAAUGUAUAUUGUUAUAAUAUGGGAAUCAAAUUGAUUACCUGUUUAUUAUGCAUAUGGAGUCGCUAAACCUAGUUCUGGGAAAAGAUGUACGUUGUGAUUAUGUUAUUGUAAGACUUUUUUGGCUUCUCAACCCAGUACAUAAAUAUAUUAAAAGAAAAAACAUAUUAUAACUACAUGCCUAAAUAUUAUGGUUCAUGUGCUACUGCAGAGCAUUUUGAGCACUGAGAACUACAGUCUUGAGUCAAUGUGAAAGUUACAGGAGUUCUCUUUCAGUAUAAACGUUUUGGAUUUGGAUAAUCAUGUUGCAAGAACGGUUUUAUUGUUCUACUUCUAGUGGUUGAAAAGACAGUUGAUUAUUACGAUAUGCAGGGAGUUCAUGAGAGGUGACACAUUAUGCAAUAAGUAUGCUAAGUCAGCUGUGUAAACUAAUCACAUUUUUUUCAAACUUUUAUUUUUAUUUUUUAUUUUACAAAAUGUUUUGGAAUGUUUCAAACAUUACACUCUUUUCAUACAUUCAAUUAGUGCAAAAAAGAUUGUUAGGAGAAACCAUGUUGACAUCAUCUAUAAAACUGUUCAAAGUGCUCACAGUGUAAUGUUCAUAAAAGGGGUAAAAAAAAAAAGGACAAAUACAA